AUGUUGGGCACGACACGCGCCUGCCGCAACACGUUCCUCACAAAGUCGGUGGCGACACCACCGAUUUCAGUGAUUCGCACUGGGCCGAAGUGGUGGGCGGAUCCGGAGCGCAUGGUGCGGCAGAAGCUCAUGUAUUUUACCCUGGGGGUCGAUCAACUUCCGCUGCGCCGCACGGCGGUGAUCCAGAAGGACUUGUACCGCUUCCACAUGUGCAAACCGCCCAUACGUAUAGGCGACACCACCGGUUACAAGCGGUCCCGCACGGCACAGCUGACGACGUGGUACCGCCGCAUUCAGUACCAGGAGUACCAUUUGCAGCACCUCUUCACGCGGCACGUGUGGGGCUUGGUGCGCGCGUACCCCGGCAACACAACGAAGAUACAAGGCAAGUCCGAUGACGGCUACGUUGGGUACGACGCGGUGCCGUACCACCGCUACAACCGCGCCCCACUUCCCUUCCCGGCGCGCGAAAUUUACGCCAGAAGGGAAUAA